GCGAUUUUAAUUAUUUCUAUGCGAUACCAGUUACCAAUCCGCACCGAAGCCUACAGACUGCGACUUGACGGCUGCACUACUUGAAGCUGCUCACCAUCCUAGCCGCCUUCCUACUGGUAUUCCGGACCUAGCGAAAUCGCACUCGUAUCGGGCGGUUAAGUUUCAUAAUCUUUAAUUCAGAAUUUUACUCCUCAUUACCAGUACUUUGAAGAAAAUGCCGAUCUUUGGACCGAAUACGCUUGGCACGCUUGUUAUCCUACUGGCCACGAUAGCGUUGAUUGUGGUAUUAGCCUCAGCUCCACAUCAUCCUAACCUCUAUUUUCUAGCCGCAACAGUCAACUCAAAGGCUUCAAAUCUCAAUCAAGCAGGCAUCAUCAAGCUGGGCGUCUUUGGAUACUGUAUCUCGACUGAACAGGGUACAGAGGUCUGCCCACCUCCUUCCAUUGGAUAUGCACUUGAUCCCAAAGUGAUGUUCGGCUUGCCAGAACUACCAGAAAUGAUCAAGCUUUCAGAUAACAUCAUUCGGAAUAUGACAAAAGUGCUUGUUCUGCAUGUUUUAGCCACCAUCUUGGCAGGGUUGGCUUUCAUAUCGGGGCUGGUCUCCCACAUAGAAGAGUUUUCAAAGACCUGUUGGACGUCAUGCUUUGCAUCCAUGUCAGCCUCAGUAACUCUCUUGGUGACGAUUUUCGAUUUGAUUUUCUUCUCGAUCAUAAAGGCCAGGAUUAACGCGAUGAAGUCCUCCGACCAAUCAAUUAGCGCCCAAUUCGGAAACGCUCUGGGGCUUACAAUUGUCGCUUGGAUUUUGCUUGCCUUCAGUGGAUGCUUCUUCUGCGCCGGAAGAUGCCUGUGCAGCUUUAGACGCCAUAAGAGGAGCAACGAGCAUCAUAGACUAGAACCUUUCACAAGCGAGAAAAGUGGCCGGCAGUAUCCCCCAUACCAUUAAGGAAACACCUGGAAAGUAGUUCAGGACUGAACAAAACUGGCCCGCCCCCAACCAUUCCAGUCAACAUAACCAGAAGAGAAGCCUACAAACAAACGGACCAUUUGCACACGGUUGAAAUUGAUCUACCCUCAAAAGGCACAAAGACAGUGGAGAUGCCUUUUGAUCCUGCUUCAUUUUAAACCAGUUUACAGUAUCAAGUGAACAGUCUUUUUGAUUAGUGGGAUAGAUUUUGCAUUAUAUAAGUUUCAAG